AAACUAUCGAACAUCAGAUAAAACUAAAGUACUCAGAAAAAUAUUUGAUGCAAAAGUAAACUUACUUCAUACGAUUGAAGAAGCAAAACUUAUCUUUGAAUCCCUCAAAGAACAACAUGACUUUGAUAAACUUUACGAAACACUUGACAAUCUACAAGAUACUUCUGAUAAAGAAAGUGGAUGCCCCAAUACACCACAACAAUGUACUAAAAUAUUAUCAACAAACGUCAACAACUGCAACAACUGUAUUGAAAGACAAAUACCUUGUAAAUACAAGCAACAUAAGAAAAGAGGACCUAAACCUAGAUAUAAACUAGACCUUAAUUAUCACCAACAAUAUAUUCAACAAGUAGAAAAGAAAGCUCAACAAAUAAUUGAUAAAGAACAACAAAAAUUAUUCAAAGAAUAUCUUGAACAACUGAAGAAGGAAAAACAAUUAAUACCCCAACAAAUAUACUUAUUUAAACUAGAAAUAAUAUUUAUAAUCAAUACAAUAAUAGAAUCAAAACAUCCCAAUGAUAUAAUUGAAGAAAAAGAUAUUGAAAGAAUAAUUAAUUUCAAGCGAGAAACUAUCUCACUAUACCAAUUUUACGAAAUACAAUUUCACCCUUAUAUAAAACAAAUACUCUACCAAGUAGGACAGUGUUUGACUUAUAAUAACUUGAAAGAAUUAAUUGAAAUAUUAACAAAUGACAACCAACAACCAGAAGAAAAGAAUAUUCUGACAUUUGAACAACAAAUUGAACAACUAAAUCAAACUAAAGAAA